AGAAAAUUCCGGCAGUCUAAAAUUAAAUUUUUGUCUCACUAUAUAUAAGUUCUUUCUAUUGAACCACAAGUAGGUAUCAAAUCAUCAUUCUUUACAAGAGAAAGAGAAAUCAAUUUCUCCUUCUUUUGGGACAUAAAUAUGGGUGCUUGUGCUAGUUUUCCAAAGGGCUUGAAAGGUGACCUUGGUAAGGCACCAGCACCCGAACCUGCUAAGGAUGAAUCCGUCAAAGAUGUCCCCGAAGAGACCAUUAAAGAGGUGAAAACUGAAGAAGAGAAAAAGAAUGAUGAUGAUACCAAACAAGAUUCUCCCAGUCAUUUACUAAAUGAGGAUGGUGAGAAGAAAGAAGCAUCUGAGGAAAUGAAUACCGAGGAAGAAGUUCAAAAAAAUCCAAAGGAAAAUGACCAGAACAAUGAGAAGGCACCUAUUACACAAGAGAAGAUUUUAGAAGACGAUGAGAAAGAGGAAAAGAAAGACAAAGAGAACGAGAAAGAAAAUGAGGGAAAGGAUAAAAAAGAGGAAUAGAAUCCAACCUUUGUGGAAGCUAUCAAUUGUAGAGCAUUAAAUGUUUCUUUCCGUACUUCUCUUUCUAUUUCUUUUAAAUAUGAUUGAUUUCUUUGUUAUAAAAUGUAUGUCCCUAUGCUUCAUGAAUGAUUGAUCUACUUGAUGAUUAUACUAGAAAUAAAAAUAUCUUUAUUAUAAGUU